GAAAACCUGACCAACCUCUGCACCACUUGUCUUUAGUCAAAGCUGAAGAUGGAGUUCACAAGUGGAAGAAGGGAUGGAUUGUACAUUAUAGGAGAGGAAAAGCAGAAGGACGCCUUCACGUAUCCUUCCAUCUUUGCUCUAUCUUCUUCCUCCUCGUCGCCAUCCACAUCCACUGCCUUCAGAUGGCAUGUUCGUCCAUGUGAUGGAGGCGCCGCCGGAGAUGGCCGCAGAGAAAGCGAUUUCUUCACGGAGAAGGAGCACAUGUUCGACAAGGUGGUCACGCCGAGCGAUGUCGGGAAGCUGAACCGGCUGGUGAUCCCAAAGCAGCAUGCCGAGAGGUACUUCCCGCUUGACCCGGCAGCGCAAGAGAAAGGGCUGUUGUUGAGCUUCGAGGACCGGACGGGGAAGUCAUGGCGCUUCCGCUACUCCUACUGGAACAGUAGCCAGAGCUACGUCAUGACCAAGGGCUGGAGCCGAUUUGUCAAGGAGAAGAGGCUCGACGCCGGGGAUAUCGUCUCCUUCGGCCGCGGUGUCGGCGAGUCUACAAGAGAUCAGCACUACAUAGACUGGAAGCCGCGGCCAGUGAACGGUGACAUACCCAUGCUACCGUUAAAUCCGCUCACCGGAGUAUCCUUGGCGCGUCCAUUAGGACCAUGGGGCGGCCAGUUCUUCAUCCCUCCGAGGGCAGGACACGACCACCACCGCCCUGGUUUCGGGUACAACGGCAUGAACUGGGGCAGUACCGGUGGAGGUCAGCUUCUUUUCUUUAGAUCUUCGAUGGCGAGGCCACCGCAGAUUGCAGCGCAACGUGACAGCGGCAGCGGCCCGCCCAUGGUUCUCAGUUCACCACCACUCGUUCGCAACCAGGCUGAAGCCAAGCGCGUUAGGCUGUUCGGUGUGAACCUCGACUGCCCGGAGUCCAAAGGCGACGAGCAUUUAGUCCCUAGUGCUCGAUCUCCAAGCGCAGCACAGCUUCAGCCAGCUUCAACGCUCCCCUUCCACCCGCUUCCUCACGGGAGCAUGGAGUUCUCGGAAGCUUCGUCAUCAACCAACAAGGAUCUACACUUACCUUUGGAUCUUGGCUUGUGAGAAGCAACAAGAGAUCAAGAGACGACAACACCACCAUCACCCUCCCGAGGAACUGAAUGGAUGCUGAACUUGGUGUGAGGAAGGUUUACAAGAUUCUUUUCUUGAAAUAUGCACUUCUACCUGAGAAAUGGAAGGAUAUGGAGGGAUGUAUCUGCAGUAAUAUUUCCUUUUCGUGUAUUUCUUCUUCUAUAUAAUCUUUGCUUCCAAGUGUACGUAUUUUAAUU